AUGGAAAUGUCAUUGCCAGACGAACUCUGGGUUGCUAUUUUCUCAUAUCUGCCCGACUUCAACAAUCUGAGAGACGCUGCCCUCACUUGUCUAACAUGGUUCCGCUGUGCUCCUUCGGCUUGUCGUCAGGUGAUUCUGAACGAGACAAACCAGCACACCCUUCCUGAAGCUAUUAUGGCAUUGGAGUCUUCUAAAUUCAGCCCCAGAGAUCUCAAUAUGGUCGCUGCUUAUAGCGACAAAUAUCUCAAAAAACGACCCCCUAUCCCUCCUUCGAUCAGCAUGGCUGACGGUGCCGCCCUUGCGGAAAUAAGCAAGUGCGCCCGCCAUCUAACAGACAAAUAUCAAGAAUUCGCCCUCCAACGUCUCACAAAGGAGCAGCGUGGUCUAGCCGAUGACCGCCGAGACUGGCCACAGCCUCCUGCCUCGCCCGAGGAACCUACAGCUGCAGAAACGGCCCGUUUCCAACGAGCUCUGUACCGGUUUGAGGUUUACUGCAAUCUUUUUAAAGAUCCAGAGGUCGUAAGGUUCAACCUAGACGUCGUCAAUUUUCAACGGGCUCAUUUCUUUGACUACCUGUCGCCCUGGGAGAUGGAGCAGCUGGUUGGUGUGAGAGACUAUCUUGCAGCCGCCAUAAUCGGACCUCCAUUGUAUGCACUCGUAGAGCUCCGGAAGCUCGAAGCACUCUCAAAACACCAUUGUGGCCCCCGGAACGGGCAACAAGUGGUGUACUGGACAGGUCCGGUUCUCCCACCUAACCUGGAGCGCGGGGACUGCCACAUCAAGCAGAAUCAAGCUCGACUGCUAUGUUUUGGCAUCAAGUUUCUCUACAAAGUGUCUAUUACACCCACCACCCAAUUCUACCAGCUUCUCCUUGCUCUCCCUCAGCAACCGCGGUACAACAGCUACAAUCGCGUGGGCGAGAUCUACGUCUGGUUCUCUGAUGCUGUGGACGAAUGUAAUGAGCUGAGCAACCUCGAACUACCACUCGACAAGCCUGUGGGCGCGUGGACGACAGAGGAGUACAGGGAACACGUUCGGCAAUCUCUGGUGACCCAGGAUACUGACAAGGGGCCCGAAGAAGCCUGGUAUUGGGCAUACCAGUGGUUUCCGGGUUUUGAGAACAACGAUUUACGAAUGACUAAUUGCCGUCUUUUUGGGCUGUUCUUCUGGGACUCCGAGCGGCUUAAAAACGUCAAUUUCUUCACGCGAGUCGACUUCUGGUGGUGGAGGUGGGAAGGUGGCCGCCAGCCAGACUUUGACUGGGAAGUUGGCGCUACGAACUUUCAACGAUUUUAA